UUUAUUUACUCCCGCUCAGCCCCGGCCCGCUGUCAUCGCUAGAAACUCCUAUCGCCUCUGCUGCACGGAAUUCCUUGUAACCGGCUGAGAUCCCUACUCCGAUCCCUCCUCGAGUCGAUCAUGUAUCGCGCCGUCGCCUCCCUCGCCUCCAAAGCUCGGGUUGCCCGUGGCGGCGGAAGCAGCAGCAGACAGAUUGGAAGUAGACUUGGUUGGAGCAGAAACUAUGCCGCUAAGGAUAUAAGGUUCGGAGUUGAGGCCCGUGCUUUGAUGCUCAAGGGUGUGGAAGAUCUGGCGGAUGCUGUGAAGGUGACUAUGGGCCCAAAGGGUCGUAAUGUUGUUAUUGAGCAAAGCUAUGGCGCACCCAAAGUUACAAAAGACGGCGUAACUGUAGCAAAGAGCAUUGAGUUUAAUGAUAAAAUAAAGAAUAUGGGUGCCAGCCUUGUGAAACAAGUCGCCAAUGCAACCAAUGACGUUGCUGGUGAUGGCACAACUUGUGCUACCAUCCUUACGCGUGCAAUAUUUGCUGAAGGAUGUAAGUCAGUGGCUGCUGGAAUGAAUGCAAUGGAUUUGAGGCGUGGCAUCACAAUGGCUGUUGAUGCUGUUGUAACUUACUUGAAAAGCAGAGCUAGAAGGAUUAGCACUUCUGAGGAGAUAGCUCAGGUUGGUACAAUAUCAGCCAAUGGAGAAAGGGAGAUUGGUGAGCUAAUUGCAAAAGCAAUGGAGAAAGUCGGCAAGGAAGGAGUAAUCACUGUCUCAGAUGGAAAAACUCUGUUAAAUGAACUGGAAGUUGUUGAAGGGAUGAAACUUGAACGCGGCUACAUUUCACCUUAUUUCAUUACUGACCAAAAAAACCAAAAAUGUGAACUCGAUGAUCCUCUAAUUUUGAUACAUGAGAAGAAAAUCUCAAGUAUUAAUGCAAUUGUCAAGGUGUUAGAGUUGGCAUUGAAGAGACAGAGACCUUUGCUAAUUGUUGCUGAAGAUGUAGAAAGUGAUGCAUUAGCAACUUUGAUUCUAAAUAAGCUACGUGCUGGAAUUAAGGUUUGUGCUAUUAAGGCACCUGGUUUUGGGGAGAACAGGAAAUCGAAUCUGCAAGAUCUUGCUACACUCACUGGGGGAUCUCUCAUAACAGAAGAACUAGGCUUGAACCUUGAGAAAGUGGAACUCGACUUGCUUGGUACAUGCAAAAAGGUAACAAUCUCAAAAGAUGACAGUGUGAUUCUUGAUGGAGCUGGGGACAAAAAGGCUAUUGAAGAGAGAUGUGAGCAGAUACGAUCUGCUAUUGAAUUGAGCACAUCAGAUUAUGACACAGAGAAAUUGCAAGAGAGGUUGGCAAAACUUUCCGGUGGAGUUGCUGUCCUCAAGAUUGGAGGAGCUAGCGAAGCAGAAGUUGGUGAGAAAAAGGACAGGGUCACAGAUGCCUUAAAUGCAACAAAAGCUGCUGUUGAAGAGGGCAUUGUACCAGGUGGUGGUGUUGCCCUUCUUUAUGCAGCCAAGGAGCUGGAUAAGUUGGAGACUGCUAACUUUGAUCAAAAGAUUGGUGUCCAGAUAAUUCAGAAUGCCUUGAAGGCACCAGUAUAUACAAUUGCAUCCAAUGCUGGAGUAGAGGGGGCAGUUGUCGUCGGCAAGCUCUUGGAACAAAAUGACCUUGACCUUGGUUAUGAUGCAGCCAAAGGUGAGUAUGUCGACAUGGUGAAAUCCGGUAUUAUCGAUCCAUUGAAGGUCAUUAGAACUGCAUUGGUAGAUGCAGCGAGUGUCUCCUCUUUGAUGACCACCACUGAGGCCGUGGUGGUGGAACUGCCCAAGGACGAGAAGGAUGCUCCUGCGAUGGGCGGCGGCAUGGGCGGAAUGGACUUCUAAUUUCAUUUCUUUGAGAAUUCUUGGGAUCGAAUUCGGACUCGCCGUCAGGCUUGGAUUUGCCUUCGAGUUUGGCAGCAGUCUUUUAUUUCAUUUUGUUGCUGAGGCUAGUCUUAAUGGUAGAAGCCAGAUAGGAAAAUUUUGUUCUUCUUCUUCUUCUACCUGCUGCGGAACCUGGUAUGCAAAUUCCUGUUUAAGGACAUUUAAGAUGCUGAUUUCUGAAUUUUAGAUUCAUGUAUGAUUAGUAUGAAAAUAAUUUUUUGUAAUAAUCAUAUUUUGAAACUGAAAUACCUUCGAAUUGUGUUUGGCAA